AUGCUGUUNGUCAACUACGCGGUAGCACAAUACUUUAACGGAGAUGAGAGAAUUUUUAAAGGCUACUCAGCAUUGCAGGAGUUUUGUUCGUGGCUAUUCUCACCUCAGCACAAAAAUUACACGGCGAUAGCCCACAAUAUGAAAGGGUUUGAUGGCCAAUUUAUUAUGGCAUGGUUAUUAGAACAGGGAUUAACACCCGAUGUCAUCCCAAAUGGAGCUAAAGUGAUGAGUAUUCGUCACUCUACUUUGAGCAUCAAUGUCAUAGAUUCAAUCACUUUCCUCCCAAUGAGUCUUUCUAGAUUACCAUCUUGCUUCGGCCUUACGGAGCUUAAAAAAUGAUAUUUUCCUCAUCUAUUUAAUAGAGCGGAAAAUCAAACAUAUGUGGGUCCUUUUCCUGAUUCAUCAUUCUUUUGCCCUGAUACGAUGGCUAGUAAAGGCAAGGCCGAGUUUCUGAUCUGGCAUGAGAAAAAUAAAGAUAAAGAGUUCGAUUUUCAAAAGGAGAUGUUGGAGUAUUGUAGGUAAUUAGUUGUUUUUAAUAUUUGCCAAUUUUUUUUUUAUUACUGGAUUUUUUAUGUUUUUGAUGUAAUGAAAAAACGUAUUUUGUUUUAUGUUUAGAUCUGAUGUGGAUAUUAUGAGGAGAAUUUGUUCAAUGUUUAGAGAAGAGAUGAUUAAAAUAUCUGGUGUAGACCCAUUCUGGUAAGUUUCUAAUAGUUCAUUUUACUAUUCUUUACUAUAAUUUUUAAUGGUACUGUAAUAAUGUCUAUAUUAAUUUUCAUUCCAUACUAUAAUUUAGUUCAAACGAGUGAUUCUCACUUUUUCUUCCAGUUAUAUAACUAUUGCGUCAUGCUGCAUGGCUGUCUACAGGAGCAGACAUUUACAAGCAAAUACAAUUGCGAUGGUUCCUGUUAAUGGAUACAUAAACAACACCAAUUAUAGCUCUGAUGCAAUUAGGUGGUUAGAUUUUGUAGCUGCUGAUCAAGGAAUAACAAUUGAACACGCUUUAAAUGGAAGUGGGGAAAUAAAGAUUGGAGGCGUGUCUGUUGAUGGAUUUUGCAGACAAACCAAUACCAUAUACCAAUUUCACGUGAGUUUAUUAUAAUGCAUGAUUACUUUUAUUGCAUAUCAUGAUUGUCUUAUUAAAUAUUUAUGGUUUUUUAACAGGGUUGUUUUUAUCAUGGAUGUGCAGACUGCUAUGAAGGAGAUACCAUACACCCUCUUAAGAAACUUCCUAUGGCAACUUUACUGGCCAAAACUAAGGGCACUACCGAUAAAUUUAGGGCAUCAGGAUACGAAGUUAUUGAGUUAUGGGAACACAGAUUCAAAUCCAUGAUGAAAGAAAAUAAAGAUCUCAGGGUAUUAUUCGUAGAGAAUCAUGAAGUUCAGGAAAGACUGAACCCUCGGGACUCUUUCUUCGGUGGCAGGACAAAUGCUAUAAAACUAUUUUAUGAAGGCGAAGCCAAAUAUGUGGAUUUCACAUCAUUAUAUUAUAUCCAUGGGUGAAUAUAAGCUUUUCUUAUUUUUUCAAUUAUAGAUUGAAAUUUAUAUUAAAGUAAUUAUAUUUUUAACAUACUAAUUUUACAGGUCAGCAAAUACUGCAAGUAUCCAGUCGGCCACCCAGAAAUCAUUACUUCUAAUUUCCAGGAUGUAUCCAUUUAUUUUGGAAUAGUAAAGUGUAAAGUUGUCCCCCCACGAGGUCUCUUUUUGCCUGUGCUUCCCUACAGAUGCAACGGAAAACUAAUGUUUCCGCUCUGUAGGACUUGUGUGGAGAGCCUGUCUCAGUUGCGUUGCCACCACGAAGACGAGGAGCGCUCUCUAAUAGGUACAUGGGUAACUGAGGAAGUAAAAUUAGCUGUGGAUAAAGGUUAUCGGGUUGAAAAAGUAAGUAUCAUGAGACAUUUUUGUUGCUCAUUUUGAUAAGCUAAAUUUUUAUAUUUGUUAAUUUUCUAUUUUUAUUACAGAUUUACGAAGUUUAUCACUUCAAUGAGAGCUCCGAUAAGCUUUUCCGCUCUUAUAUUGAUCUCUUUUUGAAAAUUAAACAAGAGAGCAGCGGUUGGCCAAGAGAUUGUAAUUCAGAGGAAGAAAGAGAGCGAUAUUUAAAAGAUUAUGAAGAAAUAGAAGGAAUUUUAUUAGAUCCCGAGAAAAUUAAGAUGAAUCCUGGUCUUAGACAAAUUUCAAAAUAGUUUUUGGGGAAAAUUCGGUAUGAACCUAUCCAAAACUCAGCUGACCUACGUUCACGAUCUUCCAAAAUUUAAUAAGAUAUUGGCUGAUUCGACCAAGAAGGUUAAAGAUGUUUAUUUCCCUACCCCAGAGAUAGCUGCUUUGCAGUGGCAAUCCCACAGGGAAUUUAUAGAGCAAGACACCACCACUAACAUCUUUGUUGCGACAUUUACAACAGCCUGGGCACGACUUAAGUUGUACCAAGAAAUGGAUAGGUUAGGAGAAGAUGUGUUAUAUCACGACACAGAUUCAAUUAUUUACGCCACUAAUGGAGAUAAUGACCCACCUUUAGGAAAUUUCUUAGGACAAUUCACAGAUGAGCUGGAUGGUGAUGUAAUCACUACAUUCGUGUCCGGCGGAGCAAAGAAUUAUGCCUACACUACUAGGGGCGGCAAAACGUGCUGUAAAGUAAGGGGUUUCUCAUUGAAUGCCAGAAACUCUGCGGUAUUGAAUUUUGAAUCGGUAAAACACUUGGUUUGCUCUCUCGACCAAGAUGCUACGAUCCCUGUACAUAACCCCUCAAAAAUCACACGUGAUCCAAAGAAAAGAAAGGUCAUCAAUAGAGAGGAGACUAAAAAUUACCGGAUGGUCUAUAAUAAACGUGUUAUUCAGCCUGAUCUAUCCACCCUUCCAUAUGGUUUUUAAAGAGGACUUAGUGUAUAGUGGAGGCGACCCACUUAGUAAAAAGCAGUGGAGGCUAUACCCACUUAGAAAAAAGCAGUGGCGACGUCCACUUUAAUAACCGCGGAGUGCCAAAAGGAGAAGGGUCCUCGUCCCGCACUCUGGAUGGUUACUUCAAACCAACCGAUGUCUCCUUAUCUUUCAAAUUUACGUUAAUUUAAUUUUAGAAAAAUAUUUGUGAAUUUAAUUUUAAAAAAUAAUAAUAAUCCUUAAAAUAGUAUUAAGCUUAAUGGAUAAGUACACCUAUGUUGAUUAAAAUG